AUGCAAGUGCCGGUUCUCGGCUGCACUUUCCUCACGCUGUCAGAUCAUGAGGAAAGUACUGCCGAAAACCGGCAGUUGUCAGAGCGGGGAUCAGCACCGUUCAUCAGGGCACUGAUGAUCAGUGCCCUGAUGAUCGGUGCCCAGCAGUGACACCCGCAAGUUCUGCCCACCUGUGCCCAGCAAUCACCCACCUGUGCCCAGCAGUGCACCCACCUGUGCCACUCUGCAGUGUCACACACCUGUGCCCAGAAGUGCCACCUACCUGUGCCCAGCAGUGCCACCCACCUGUGCCCACCCACCUGUGCCCACCAGUGCCACCCACCUGUGCCCAC